AUGCCGUCGCAGCAAGACGAGAAGCGCCAGGCGGCGCGCGAGGUUAUCGAUAUUCUCUAUGAGAUCUCUACCUUACUGAACACACACCUGGACCGGACCGAGCUGUCAUUAUGUGUGUCGCUCAUUGAGAAUGGCGUCAAUCCAGAUGCUCUUGCUACCGUUAUCAAAGAACUACGAAAAGAGGCUCCUACUGCUGCUACGGGCGCAGACGCUUGA